AUGACUCCGCUGUUAAAAUAUGAAAAUGAUGAUCUCGACUAUAGGCUUGAUGAACUAUUAUCAAACUAUUUUUGUGUAAAAAAAAUUAUCAAAGUAAAUUAUGAGCAAUAUUUACCAAAAUCAAAAAAUCAAGACGAUCAAUGGAGCUUUCAAGCCGAGUUAUCUAUAAGAAAAAAAAAUUCUAAAAGUUUAGUUGCUUUAUUUUCAAAAGAACUAUGGUGUUUUAGUAUUAAUGAUGAUCCAGUCCCAAAACCAUAUGCUUCUGAUAUGAAAACUAAUGAUAAUAACACCACUACCAAUGCUACAGAUGAAAACCAAUCCCUCGUUGAUCCAACAGACAAAAAUCUUGAAAAUAAAGAUAUGUCACUCUCAAAUCAAGAACAGAUUAAUAUUAAACAUACUAGUGUUAGUCCUACUGUAUUACCUUUAUCACUAUCAAAUGAACAGUUUAGAAAUCCAGAUAAGGUUGGUGAAUUUAAUUCACAUUUUUCAAAACCUAAUCUACCAACACCAUAUGCAAUAUUUUUAAAAGCUCUAAGAAAGACAAUUCACCUAAACAUUUGUAAAAUUUCCAAAAAUUCCUUUAUACCUUUCGGAAAUUCAUGUAUAUAUCAACCCACCGAAAAUCAUACAACUGGUGCUGACCAGUUGGUCUCCUUUGAUUCCCAUAUCUUUGAUGAUGGUCAUUUGAAUAUUUCAGUAUCUUUUAAAAAACUAAACUUUAAUAAAUUAAUCCAGUCCCCUGAAAUCCUGAAUGAUAACGAAUAUCUUUUGAAUAACAGAUCCAUUUUGUACAUAGCGCCUAGUGGGGUAAAAGUCACGUUACCCUUUUCAGAUAUAAAAGAAUGUAUAACUACCGAGCCACCAAUGAAUGAAAAGGUUAUUUUGGAAACAUUGCUUUAUACGCAUGGGAUUGACUUGACUGGCAAAGAAAACUUGAAAUGGAUAAAAGUUAUUCCUAGUUUAACACACUUAGCCGGUCAGACGUCUUCCAUCUCUUCUUAUUCUUUAACGACCCUUAGGAAAAUCAAGCGGACCAUUAGUACUAGUACCAAAUCACAUUCACCAUCACUUUCGCCAUCUACAAAUAAUGGUUUUAAUCAGACUCUGCUAAAUGUGUCAAGCACAAAUACUCAUAAUAAUAUUGGCAGAAUUAGCGCAAAUAGUGGUGUUGAUACUGCUGCUAAAAAGGGAAAUAAAUAUGACGUCAACAUCGCUGCCUCGAGCAACGUUAAUAUUAAUAAUGUUAACGAAGAGUUUGGGACCAAUAAUAACAAUAAUAAUAUAUCUCCCACAAAUGAGAAUGUUACAUUGGGAAGUGGGUUAAAAAAUAAUCUCUUGAAGAAAAUAAUUAUAUGGCCUUUAGAUUUGAUUUUUGUACAAACACCAACAGAUUCACCUGCAAGUAAAGACAAUAACUUAGAGGAUAUGGCUUUUGGUUCUCAAUUCUUCACCGUGCAAGACGCUUUUUGUUUAUUGGAUGAACUGACACAAUUAAAAUUGACUUCGACUUAUAGAAUUCCCGGCAUAACCAGUUCUAAAGGAUCUGCAGCAGCGAUGAGUAGUGGUACUUACUAUACUGAUCAAUUUUUGUUCCCCCCAUCAGCAAGUUCCAUUAAUAGUACCAAUAUCGCUGGUACUAAUCCUUAUUUAAGUGGUGGUUAUAAUACCAGGUCAUUGGGAAGCCCCCAUGUAACAUCAUUAUCAAACACAAUAAAAAAAUCACCAGCAUCAAACUACGGAGUAUCAACUAAAAACAGUCCUUUUAAACCAAGAACUCCAAUAUUAGGUGCACAAGACAAAUUUCUGAAAGAUGCUAUAACGGAAGACGACAUUAAUAACACGAGCAGUGAUACUACUAAUGUGGAAUAUGUUCAUAAAGGUGGCUCAGGCAUCCAAAACCUAAAAGAAGGAGUGAAAUCGCAAGCAGAAGAUGCCAAACAAGAAGGGGAAAAUAAUUAUAUCGAUGGUACAAAAGAUCAUGUUGAAGACAAAAGACAGGAACUAGAAGAUGAUAACGAUGAUGAUACUGAUAUGAAAGAUUUAUUUGGUGACGAUGAAGAUGAAGAAGAAAGCACUGGAGAUAAUAUCGUUAAUUAUAAUGAAAAAAUAAUAGAGGUUCCUACGGAUAUUAUAAAUGAACCAAAUAUCACCCCUUUGGGGGAGAAAUGGCAGCAUAAUUCAGAUGCUGAAACAUUACCUCCAAAUUCUAAUUUUCUUCCAAUAAUUCCUAAAAAAAGGUACUUAGAUAUACCAGUUGAUGAAAUGAUAGCAGCGGCAUCCCCCAACCUAUACAGUGAUCCAGGUGCGCCCUUGCCUAUUGAAACGCCCAAGGAAAGAAGACAGAGCAUUUUUGCUCCAUUAAAGUUUAAUCCUAAAAUUGAAUCUGGAGUAGAUAACAAAUAUAAGAAUGGUGGCAAAUUUUUUGUUUCGAAUGAUAUAUCUACCAGCUCUCCCGUGUUGCAUAAGUUGUUAGAUAUAGACAUAAAUAAUUAUGAUCUUUUGUCCAGUUCAGACGAGGAUUAUGAUGAAAAGGAAGGAAGUAAAAAUGAUAAUUAUACUACUAUUAAUAAACAUACUAACGGUGAGAUGGUGGCGGAAGACAAUUAUCCGUUUAACAUUAAGAAUAAUCAUGAGAUACCAUUGAUUAAUGCUGAUUAUUACUAUACAGAUGGCAAGGAUAUUAAUGGUAAUAAUAUGAAAAAUAAUAGCGGGAACAACAUUAAUAUCCCUUUAAAUAAUCUUAAGAUUGGUAAUUCCGUCAAUCUCGCCAAUGCUAAUAGUAUUAAUGCUGCCACUGGUAUUACUACUACUACUACUACUACUACUACUACUAAUAAUAAUAAUAAUAAUAAUAACAACAACAAUCUUAAUACCAUUACCACUAAUAAUAUUAACACUGCUGAUGACAAUAACAUUAAUAAUGAUUCCAAUGUUAAUAACAAUAAUAAUAAGAAUGCUGCCGCAGUGUUAACUAAUAAUUCAAAUCAACCUACAUCUUCUGUAAUUUCAAAUACUGUAAUCAAUGACCCAAGUUAUAUUAAUGUUCCUCCAAUCCCAGCAGCUUUUGUAAAUGAAAACAAUAAUGAACAGGGAAGUGCGUCUGAACCCUUUGAUGUUUUAGAGGUGACUAAAGGCUCCAAUUCUAUCGGUGUUACCAGUAACUUAACUUCCUCAAUGGGCAAUAAUUUACAAAAUGCAGCUAAUGAACAUUUAAUGACUACUCCGUUAUUAACCGAGGGAUCUGGGUCACCUGAAAUGGGAUGGAAACUGAACAAUGAUUCUUUGUUAGCAAAUAAUCAACUGCAGACGAAUUCUAUCUCACCAGAAAAGAAUAAUUCCUCAAAGGAAAUUAUUGACAACAAGAAUUGUGUUUCUCUCUCUUCCAACAAUAAUCAUACUAACAUUGGUAACAGAGAAAGAGUAUCUGUUCUGUCGCCACAACAACGAAAUAAAAAUGAGGAUGCCAAUGUUGUUCAACUGCGUAAUUCCAACGUUUUACAAUAUGUUUUAAGAACUAUGCCAAUAUUUUCUAUUCCUGAUUAUUUUUUAUUUGCUAAUCCAACUGUACCACACUCAAAAAAUUUCAAUUUAUUUCUAGAAACAUUAACUACUGAGAUUGUGUUCAAUAACAUUUUGAACGAAGUAUGUUUUGAAAAUACUAUAUUGUAUGAAACUUUUGAUUCUAUUAGCCCAACCUCAGAAGUACUGAAAGUUUUCAGCGAAUUGUUUGGAAGUUCGUACAGGUUACAAGGGAAUGAAUUAAUCGAUGACUUAUAUUCUAUUGAGCAACCAGAUAUUUUAUUAAAAAAGAGUCAAAAUGAUAGUAAAAUCCCCACUCCUAUAUUAAAAAUUAAAAGCGAUGUCAUUGAUUUUGUAGACGAUCUAAGAAUGAAACCUUUAAAUUUGCCUAAAAAUUUUAGCGGGUUAUUUCUGACGUCUAUGUAUAACCAAGAGUGUUUAGACUUUAUGACAAUGCUGAUGUCUCAAUACAACGACAUGGAGUUUGGUCAUUGUGAUUUGGUUCAGCUAACAAAUGAAGAUGAUCCAGGUGUCAUAUAUUUAAAAAAUUUCAACAGUAUCACAUUACUAUUGCUAGCUGCCCAAAUAGUUACAUAUUGUUUUACUCAAAAGAAACAUGAUGCGUCGCAAAACAGCCCUUUAGUUAUAUUUUUGCCAGUCUCUACAUCUGUUGGGGGGAAUAGAUCAAGGACGUAUGAUGCUUUAAAUUCUGUGGUCGAAAUGUGCCACAAUUUUACCCUGUUGAAAACUGAGGUUCUAAAUAGACUACCCACAUGUGAAAUUCUUCUAAGGCUAAUUUCUAUUGAUAAUUUUAUUGGAGACCCUUUGAAAAAUAUUAGAGAUUCUAGUCGAUUAUGUCUAUCUAUUUAUAACAUUUUACCUUCGUCUUCGUCAAAAUAUACACAUUUAGCCAAACAAAUUCCAGAAACAAUUAAAUUUGAUUUACCCUCAGGUUCAUCAGCACAUUCACUUAAUUCCCCCUUGAACCAUCACUAUGAUACAUAUGUGCAUGUUGCUUAUAGCAGAAGCAUUGAUAAGGAGUGGUUGUGUACAGCAUGGAGUUCUGUUUCAGGUGCAGAUUCGAAAGUUAAAACAUGGUACAUUGGUAAUUCUAAACCCAAGUUUGAGAGUGCUUGUAAUGAAAUAUGGACAACAACUUUAAAGUUUAUUAUGAUGCACUCAAGCUCAUUACGGACAUGUGUUGUUUUAUCAAGACUAGAUUCAAUAUUACCCGAUGAUGAAUUGAUGCAUUGGCGAAGGUUAUCCAGUAAAACUAAGCAGAUUCAUUUGGCUGUUGUUUGUUGUGGGACAAAUACUAAACUAACUUUUUGUGACGGCGAUAAGUUUCACCCUGAAUAUAAGAGACCUUUGAAACAUUUUGAAAUAUCCAGAAAUAUAGUUACAAAAAAAUUACCUAUUGAUGCGAGUGCAAAGUUUGUAGAUGGUGGUGAUAUUGGAAAUGAAAAUAAUGAGGAGAAAGAUGACGAUUACCUAAUUGUUAAUGCUAAAAACUAUAUUUAUUCUGUUGUUUUUAAGUCAGCCUUACCAUUAUCUAAUUCACAACAUAGAUGUGCGAUAAAAAGUGGUGCUUUGAUUAGAUUCAAUGGUGGCGAUGAUGAUACUAAUAAUAACAAUAACAUAGUUGAUAAAUUUGAAGUCAAUUUAUUAAAUUGUCCACACUCCGAUUCUAAGAAGUUAUUAAAAGUUAUUUUGAAACAUUUCCAUGAUUUAAGUGCAUUGACACCUUGGUAUUGUGUAUAUGAUAAUUUUAGCUUUGUACCAUGGCAUAUUUUAGCCGUAGAAAAAAUGAUUAAAAACGUUAUUCAUUUGAAAGUUGAGGAAACAAAGCAUUAA